UCGUUGGGUUGAACACGACGUUGGGGUCGUCUUCAGCAUGUGCUGUACAUGCCCGCGCUCGACCGUCAACGUAUUGAACACGACCGCGGGGUUGUGGGGUGCCACUGCGGUCGUGUUCGACACGAUGACAGCGACCGUCAUCGGGUUGAACACGACGGUGGGGUCGGGGGGUGCCACCACGGUCGUGUUCGACAUGAUGACAGCGACCGUCAUCGGGUUGAACACGACGGUGGGGUCGGGGGGUGCCACCGCGGUCGUGUUCGACACGGUGACAGCGACCGUCAUCGGAUUGAACACGACGGUGGGGUCGGAGGGUGCCACCGCGGUCGUGUUCGAUGCGGUGACAGCGACCGUCAUCGGACUAAACACGACGGUGGGGUCGUGUUCCGCACGCAAUGGGUUUGAUGUGAGAUUGUCGAUGCCAACUUUCGAUUCAUCUGCCUUGUUUGAUGUGACUUUCGGGUACGCCGCUCCCGUGUUCUGUUUGCCUGCUAUUGGAUGCGCCGCUCCCGUUCUCUGUCAAGAUGGCCCCAACGAACGAGUCCAGCCCGAUCGAGUCGAACUGUCGCGCUGGCCCGCCACGUUGGAGUCGAACUCGAUCGAGUCAACCUCGAUCGAGUCGGCCUCGAUCGAGUCGACCACGAUCGAGUCGAACUCGAUCGAGUCGCGAUCUUCUGGGUCGCGCUGGCUCACCACGGUCCAGCUGGCCCGUCAGGCUCCAGUCGAACACGAUCGAUUCGAAUACAAUCGAGUCGCACACGAUCGCCUGGACUCACGAUUGAGUCGAACACGAUCGCCUGGACUCGCGAUCGAGUCUAGCACGAUCGAGUCAAACACGAUCGAAUGGACUCACGAUCUCGAUCGAAUGGACUCACGAUCGAAUCGAACAGGAUCGCCUGGACUCACGAUCGAGUCGAACACAAUCGAGUCGAACACGAACGCCUGGACUCACGAUCGAGUCGAACACAAUCGCCUGGACUCACGAUCGAGUCGAACACGAUCGCCUGGACUCACUUUCGAGUCGAACACGACCGUGUUGAAUACGGUCGACACGCACACGAUCACCUGGACUUACGGUCGAGUUCAUGCGAGCGCAGCAACCGCGAUCGAGUCGAACAUGAUCGAGCUGGCCUGUUACCCUCUCGCCGAACAAGAUCGUGUUGACCGCGGGCACUAUCGCGAUCGAAUUGAACACGAUCGCGCUCGAUUCCUACUGCACGAUGUGCACGUGGUUGACCACACAGACAAGUUCUGGAUGCUGGACUGGGUGGGGGAGAUCGGACAACCAUCGAGUGGCCUUGUUCUAUAUGUGGUUAUCAAAGAAAAUAUUGUGCCGGUUGGCGGCCUGGUGAGGUGGACUGGACAAAAUAUGCCGUCUGCAACGUUCGAGUUGACGAUGGUCCUGAAUGGAAGAGGGGAAAGAAUACCGAGCGUUAAACACGUUGCUCUUCGAUGGGCCAAAUACGCGGGGCUUGGAAAGUCGCUGGUUGAUGUGUUCAACCCACCAAGGACAGCGGAGGUGACGUUGCCUGACCUCGUUGACGUCCUUGGGUUUUUCAACAGUAAUGUGAUCGCGGGUGAAGGGUCGGUUGUGCAUCCAGAAAACCGCAUAUCGAAGCCUAAAUGCGUGCUUUCGAAAACCGUGGAGACAGGGUCUUCGGUCAAGAUCCGCGAUACGCCGCCUGGUCCGAAAGUUGGGCAGAUUGGAGAGAAGGGUCCGUGUCGCGGACUGGUCGUACCGUCAAUCCGCGAUACGUCGCCUGGUCCGAGAGCUAGGCAGAUUGGAGAGAAGGGUCUGUGUCGCGGACUGGUCGUACCGUCAGCCCCUAUGAAGACCAAGCCAACCAAAGCACCAAUUGCCUUGGGCAGCCGACCCCGCUAUGUUGCGGCCACCAAGGGGCCUCUCCCCUUGGUGGGCCAGCAGCGCUAUGACUACGUUGUGCCAGGCCGCGCAGAGAAAGACCAUGAGUAUUUUGAAGAUGAGGAUGAAGAGAACAGCGAGGAAUAUUCGGAACGAGGAGGAGGACCGGAACAGUAUGCUGCGGGUGUCGACGGCAUGACGAGGCAUCCAAGAGAGACAAGUAAAGUGGUUGGACAGGAUGAAGACAGUGAGCACACUAUGAGCGAAUUGGGUGGGGAGGUUGGUCUGGCAGGAGGAUAUGGGAGCAGCUACGAAGGAUGCUUCUUCCUUGAGUUGGACGAGCGUGGGAACCAAUGUCCAGACAUGGAAUUCAUUUCUGUCCAGUUCGACAGAAUUCUGGAUAUCCCCGACGGGGAAUUCAGAUACAAUCAACGCUAUCUUGUGCAACAGACGAUUAAUGACAUUUAUGACGCAAUGGUUGCAUCGGGUGAGGCUGCUAUCGGAGAGAGAACGACUGGAGCUGCCGGUGUGAAUGUUUGUACAUUGUAUGAGAAGCCUGUCCUUUUGUUGGUUGCCCUCCGUGAUACAUUGCAUACUGACGCUUCAGGGAGGAUUGUGAGAGCAAGGAGGGUGAUGCCCGAUGAAUUCGACCUCGAAUUUGUGAACAAGUACUACUACUACCCUCUCAGCGGUCAGCAUAACGUGGUGGCGGCAAGAAGGUGUUUUGUUGAACGCCCUGACAUCACACACGAGCUCCGAUUGAAUCGCUGGACAGCGAGGCCUGUUUAUUAUCCGGAUAAGAGCAUGGACAAUUACGGCACGCUGAGCACUUUCCAGAACGCCAAGGACAAAUUGAAUACCCCACCGCACCAGAUCGUGGUCAUCCUGAACAUACGGAAGUUGUGGCACGAGUCGAACGGUUCUGAAGCUAAAGGCGGCUCAGCGGCAGAAGUGAAAAAUGCAGAUUAUAAAAAGUUUGCAGGAGAGGCUCUUCGUUUGACCAGGAUUCGUAAUUUGGUUGAUAUGUCCCUUACUACUCAAUGGAGCGGCCAAUGGUCUGACGCCCUCGGGCCCUACAUGUUGUUGGCAAGGGUGACAGAUGACGUUUUCGAAAAGGUGAAACAAGUAUACGCCGCUUGGGAAGCUGGACAAUUGUCGGGGAGAGAUGCUGUGAAGCCUGCUACCAAACAAGGUGAAUCAGGGAAGGCACCGAGGGCUGGACCCGGAUUUGGGUUGAGAGGUGGAGUUAGGUAUCCGGUUCACUGGGUUCAGGGUACCAAAGGACCUGGUUACCUCGUGGCUGUGCACGAUCCGAAUAGCAGAGCGUGCAAGCCUUUUUCAGCGCUUGGGAGGCAUGAGCGGCUGCAACUGUUGCGAUACAUUCUCACAGGCAGUGUAAUACUGACUCCUAAGCAAAGCGAAGCUGCUCAACGUGCUGGGAAACAUUCUACGGAAACAUAUGUGGAAAUGGUGAAGAUUGAAAGAGCAAUGUUGAGGAUGUUUCACUACUUUGUCUUCAUUUCUGACCCUCACAGGAAGUCGUCAGAGUGGACGGAAUCAUUCUUCAACAACCUUUCCGAUUUGUUUGAUAAGUACUCUGAUGAAGGAUUGACGUCCGAGAGGUGGAUCGACCAGCGUCGCCUUUUCAAAGACAUGAAUUGGGUGCGAACGUCCCCGGCUACACUUCGAGGAGAGGAGGAAAAAGGAGAAGAGGGCUUCAAGAAAACAGCGUCACUUGCUGCGAAGUGCCCCGAAGAGUUCGUGCAGUUUGUCAACAAGCUGCUGCAUAGAUCAGAAACCAGAGCAAGCACUCCAACUGCAGAGCGAUCAUCUGGCGAGCAGGCGGGUGACUUAUCAGCACUUGUGCGCAGAGAGAGAAGGCCAAAGAUGUUAGCUAAUGUCGUGGAGAAGAACUUCACGCCUACGAAGUUGAAAAUGGCAGGAAUGGAGCCAAGGGAGAAAUUUGCAUACGAAGGUAUGGAAAAGGAGCCAAAUGCGAUGGUGGAGACAUUGGAGCAUUUUUGUCUUGCGGACGAGGCGGUUAUUUUCCUGGGAAAAAGUCAUGCGGCGUUGAUUUGGGAGUUGUUAAAGAAUCACCGUCAUUGCAUUGUUCUGGAAGGGGAGGGUAUGAAAUUCGAGUUUCUCGUUCAAUUCGUCACCAAGAUGGUCAAGAGUGGACUUUACUUCGCCAACUUUGUUAAGCCGCCUCCUCGACAUGAUGAAAAGCGUGAUCUCGUCUACAAAGUCGGCCAAAACAUCGUCAACAUUUGGGAGUUCCUUUUCGAGACUAAGCCACAAAACAGAGGGGAACGUGCAUAUGUCGUCAGAAGAUGAAAAAUUGAAUCACUUCUGAGGGGGUAUCAUAAGGCACCGGCGGAGACGGAAGUUGCAUUUCUAGACCGU